AUAAAAUGUUGUCGAAUGCAUCUCGCUUACAGCCAAGAAAUAUCAGGAAAUUUAUCAGACACUUCUCACAAGUCAAGUCAGAUAUUUCAGAUGAACUCCUAGUCAGUGCAUCAAUGAGCUGGAUGAGCGAUAAACCAACGACUCAGCUUGAAUUAGCAGAUGCCCUUAAGAGGAAUAAUCUGGUAUACACUCCUGAAGUAUAUGAGGUGUUUAAGAAAGUAGAUCGAGCACUAUUUUGUAAUGAUACAAAUGAGAAUCCUUAUUCAGCUGAUCCAGAUUUACUCGAUCAUGGACAGAAACUUACAUCUCCUGUGAUGCAAGCAAUUGCACUUGAGGUUUCUUGAGCCGCAAUUGAGAAUUUAUUUGCUGGGCCUAACACUCACCCUAUUUAUAUUGCAGAUAUUGGAUUUGGAUAUGGGUGCACAACAGCAAUGCUCACUUUACUCACUCAAUAUGUCAGAGAUAGAUUAAAUUCUGAGAGAGAAAUAAAAGUUUUCGGUUAUGAAAUCUACAAAGAUUUUGUAGAUAUUGGAUACAAGUCAAUAUCUAGCAUUCCAGAAAUAGAUAUGAGCCAGAUCACUCUUGAGCACAAAGACAUUCAAGUUGAAAAAGUCUCAGAAAAGUUUGAUUUUCUCAAUUCUGCAUGUGCUUUUUAUUAUGAAGGAAAAUCUCCUUGUAUUAGUUCCUUUAUAACUCCUAUGAUAAACCCUGAAUUCACUUCUACAUGCUUGAUUCCUGUUAUAAGACCGGAUGGAGAGCAAGAUCUGACGCUCUUCAGAUAUGAUCCCUCCACAGAGCAGAUCACAGCCAAUGUAGACUCAGUCAAAGAUCCUCAGGCUUUAAAAACCAAGCGUAGCCCUUACCUUCCCAUAAGCAACUUCACAAUGAGGGCUCUCUUCACUGAGGCUAAGGCAAAAAUGAUCUAAAUUCCAUUCAAUCUUGUUUA